CGUACCUCGAUGAGAAAAAGUUUCACAAAACGCGCUUUGCGCGCAUGUGCAGUCGUUUGGCACGAUACAGCGGACCCUGUGGUCACUGUGUAGUGAGUGUGCGAUAAUCGCAGGAGCCAACAAGUGGUGUCGCUCAAAAUAGCCUACUUGCGCAAUGUCUGAUAUUCCAACUUCACUGUAAGACCACACAAACCAAAGUGCAAGUCACAAACAGGGACAAACCAGAUAGCUGAGCAAAGCUGUGUGUGCACGUUGCGAGACUUGCAAGACUUACAUUUUAAACAAUGGCCUGUCAAGAAGUAGGUCCAGGGUAUAAAAGCCCCCUUGAUGCAAUGAGGAAUGCUCCGCGGGAAAAGAUUGUCUAUGUGCCUUGCAUUCGUAGAAACACCGCAACAACUGGACCCGAUUAUUUGGCCACUGUGGAUAUUGAUCCUCAUUCAAAGAAUUACUGCAAAGUUAUCCAUCGCCUGGACAUGCCCUACUUAGGAGAUGAGCUUCAUCACACUGGCUGGAAUGCCUGUUCAAGCUGCUAUGAUGAUCCCACGAAGAAACGAAAUCGCCUGGUUAUGCCUUCUUUGAUGAGCACUCGCAUUUACAUUGUUGACACUGACACUGAUCCUGUUCAACCCAAAAUUUACAAGAUUGUGGAACCCGAAGAGGUUUACCAAAAGACUGGUCUUGGAAAUCCCCACACUGCCCAUUGUUUGGCCAAUGGUCAAGUUAUGAUAAGCUGUUUGGGAGAUCCAAAAGGAAAUGCCAAAGGUGGCUUUGUCAUCUUGGAUGGAUGUUGUGAUUUUGCUGUACAGGGGAACUGGGAAAAGCCUGGAAACACCACUGAAUUUGGCUACGACUUCUGGUAUCAGCCAAAAUUUAAUGUUAUGAUCAGCAGCCAGUGGGGAACUCCUAAAGUACUGAUGAAUGGAUUUAAUCCAGAAGAUUAUGAGAAGGGUCAUUAUGGUCACAGUAUUAAUGUAUGGGAUUGGGAUAAUCACAUUCUCAAGCAGACUAUUGACCUGGGGAAGGUUGAAGGGGCCAUACCCUUGGAAGUGCGCUUCAUGCACAACCCAGACAGACCAGAGGGCUUCGUUGGAUGUGCCUUAAGCACUAAUGUGUUCCGUUUCUACAGGACUGAGAGAGGAGAUUGGGCUGCAGAAAAAGUAAUUGAUGUCCCAUCUAAGAAGGUUCAGGGUUGGGCGCUGCCUGAGAUGCCAGGUUUGAUCACAGAUAUCCUCCUGUCCAUGGAUGACCGCUUCUUGUACUUCAGCAACUGGUUGCAUGGAGACAUUCGUCAGUAUGAUGUCACGGACACCAGGAACCCAAAACUGGUCGGACAGGUGUGGCUGAAUGGAAGUAUCUGUAAGGAUGGGCCAGUCAAAGUUUUAGAGGACAAAGAAUUGAAGGAGCAGCCAGAGCCUCUCUACAUGAAUGGAAAGCGCGUGCAUGGUGCACCCCAAAUGAUCCAACUCAGCCUGGAUGGAAAACGACUGUAUGUCACUACUUCACUGUACAGUGGAUGGGAUAAGCAGUUUUAUCCAGAUAUGGUUGAGCAUGGUUCCAAGAUGCUUCAAAUUGAUGUUGACACAGAAAAAGGUGGACUGACCCUCAACAGAGCAUUCCUGGUGGAUUUUGGGCAAGAACCUGGAGGCCCAUCCCUGGCCCAUGAAAUCCGCUAUCCUGGUGGCGAUUGUACAUCUGACAUCUAUUUGUCCACCACUAUGGGCAAACUGUAAAUGAGGUGCAUCUGGCAAGGUGCAUACUUAAUAUAAGGAUCCCAUGUGUCAGAUUUCUGUGGACUUAUAGCUUGCAUUUUUAUUUUUAAAGGAAUUUCAAUUGAAUUUUAUCAGUCACGUAACAAAAUUCGUUAUUUGCCAAAAUCAAGAAAAAUGUUCUUAAAAAUAUAAUUCUUAAAAAUUCUAAUCAGAGGGGAUUAUGUGGUAUUAUGCAGAUGUGAACUAAGAAUAUACAUUAGUCUGAGAUAUAUUUUGCACAAGAUUACUAAGAAUGCAUAUAUAAAUGUCAUAUAUAAUUUUAUAAGAUACUGGUACAAUGGGAAUCAACUGACAUAGCCUAAAAUGAAACAUUUAUCACUGUGUGAUUUCAUACAAGACUAUAUUAAGUCUGAGAAUCCAUGUGAGUUGGGGUUUUAACUCUUUACCAAUAAGUGUCUCUCUGCUUCACGAGUCCUUCUAGAAAGUAAUACAGAAGAGACAUCAGCAACAUGGUGAAUUCAUAUCUUUACGCAAUAGACUAGAAUUUGACAGAACCAGAGAGUAAUCAAUAUAUAUAUAUAUAUAUAUAUAUAUAUACAUAUAUACAUAUAUAUACAAAUUUUGCCAGCUUUUGCAUGUUGCCAUAUAUCACAAUCAAAAGAGUACAGUUAUUUUUGCCCACACUCUCCUCUAAAUCCUGCAAAAGCUCACUCAAUUUUAUGCUAAGUUGCAAGACUUUGGGCCAUCUCAGAUUAUUUCUAUUGAUUGAAACAUGAUGACAGCAAGACACUGGAAACUAUUUUUAGGGUAAUAUUUUUUGGUGAAGGUCGAGUGGCAUCAGAUCCAAAGAUUCUACAAGCUAUUCACAACUUUGCCAUUAGCUCUCACGGUUCUUAUACUUGUAGCAUAGGCAACUAUUGUUCCCAUUACGCAUAAAAAAGAUUUAAAGAAUUUAUAUAAAAGAGAUAUUUUAGAUUGUAUAUUUUUUGCCAAAUAUUUGCUUUGCUUCCUUUUGGUGUGUGGAUGGAGGAAUAUAAUUAAAAAUAAUUAUGCAUAGAAAAAAAACUGAAUUGGAUACUUUAUUGGAAUUAUUAAUGGCCAAAUGUAUGUACUAUUUCAGAAGUACUUAUAGUAUAUUCUAUUGAUAUUAUUGAAGUGAUUAGCCAGUUUUAACUACCCAGAGCAAUAUUGGAAAUUUAAAUGCCGUCAGUCAUAAUUUAGACGCACCCUUUCAUACCAAUUGUUCAAAGAUCACAAUAAAUCUAUAUACAUGUCGAAUUAAAUUA